CGCGCAUGCCCACUUUCUUUGACCGUCAGUACGCAUGCGCGAUCAGUGUCAACCGGCGCCGCCAUCGUUCUCAUAGUUUAUAACCUCAAUUUAACAAAAUAAAGUGAAAUUUCGUGCAGUUUCCGUGCAAAAUGGCUCAAAUAGAGGCUUUAAGCAAAAUCGGUAUUAUUGCCUUGGUUUUGUUUGCGAUAUGGUCAGUGAAGUUCUUGUUUAAUGUGAUUUUCACCUAUGUUAUUGGUCCAGCAGUGAAUAAAGUGGACUUUAAAUCCAAAGGGAAAUGGGCAUUGGUCACCGGCUGUACUGAUGGCAUCGGCAAACAGUACGCGAGAGAGUUGGCUGCCCGCGGUUGUGAUAUUGUUCUAGUCAGUCGAUCUAUCGACAAGCUGAGGGCGACUGCCGAAGAGUUGGAGAAAGACUACAAGGUGGCAACAAAGGUGAUCCAAGCGGACUUUUGCGAAGGCGAGGAGAUCUACACGAACAUCGCAAGGGAAAUCACUGACUUAGAAAUCGGCACGCUGGUCAACAAUGUCGGCAUUUCUUACUCCUACCCUGAGUACUUCCUGGAUGUGCCUGAUUGGGAGAAGAUGAUGUCCAACCUCAUCAGAGCUAACGUGGCCUCGGUUACCAAGGUUACCGGCCUCGUGUUGCCCGGUAUGGUGAAACGGCAAGGAGUGGUGAUCAACAUUGGUUCCGCCUCUUCCAUCAUUCCUAGCCCGCUGCUGACUGUCUACGCUGCGUCUAAGGCAUACGUGGACAAAUUCACCGAAGGUCUCGACAUGGAGUACCGAAAGAAAGGCAUCAUCUGCCAAUGCGUCAUGCCCGGAUUCGUCUGCACAAACAUGUCUGGUAUCCGCAGAAGUACCUUCUUCGCACCCACCGCUAAGACUUUCGUGAAGUCAGCCCUAAGUCUCGUUGGUACCGUCUCUAGGACUACCGGGUACCUGCCGCAUGCUAUCUUCACGAAUGUCAUCAACUUCAUCAAUGAGGUCAGCGGGAACUUUGGCGUCUGGCUUGUGACCAGAUCUAUGGAGAACAGCCGCGCUCGAGCGUUGAAAAAGAAAGGGAAACUGGAGGCCUGAUUUCUCACGUAUUUAUUGCAGACAUAUUUAUAAUAUUAUUAUACCUAUUUAAAGUUAAGAGAUGUUUGAAUGUUAUGUUUUGUUACAUUCCUUUGUUACUUAAUUAAAAUAGCCAUAACUAUCUAAGUAUGUACAAAGUUGUUGUUUUUUCAUGUUUACGAAAAAAAGUAAUGUAUCGUUUUCGCAUUUAGGUAAUUAAUUAAGUAGGCAAUCAAAUGUACAAAUAAACAUUAUAUUAUACAUACAUACAUACAAUCACGCCUGUAUCCCAUGAAGGGGUAGGCAGAGCACAUGAAACUACUCAGGUUUCAGUGCCACUCUUGGCAAAUAAGGGGUUGAA